ACAAUAAUAGCUGAUGAGUGCAGAGUAGUAACAGCGGCAGGCAAUUAAAUGUUUAAAAUAAACUUAUUAUUUGCUUUAAAAAAUGAUAAAGAUUUUUAAUUCAUUUAUAAAAACAAUGCAAUGUAAAAAUAUUUAUUUCGAAGAAAAAUGAAAAAUGUGCCUUUUUCAGCUGUGCAUACGUUUAGAGUAGCACGCACACCCAGCAUGGCACAUAAAAUUACGAAAAUAAGUGGAGUGACAGACCGGCAAGUGGAGUUGCGAUCAGUAAUUAAACACGCGAUCGCAGUUCGGCCGAAAUUAUCAGCCACCACAAAAGUAUGGAUUUAAAAAAUAAAAAUGUUAUUUAUGUGGGUGGAUUUGGUGGCAUCGGUUUCUGUUGUUGCAAAAGCCUCUUAGAACAAGGGGUGGCCAAUAUAGCGAUUAUGGAUGUGGUUGAGGAUGCUGAAAUGCUUGAGACAUUACAAGCUAUCAAUAAAGCUGCUAAUGUAUUCUAUAUCAAAAUGGACUUAACAGAUGUGGAGAAUAUAGAGGGUGCCUUCACAGAAGCACAUGACACUAUGGGUCGCUUCGAUAUUGUGGUGAACGGUAGUGGCAUAAUGAAUGAGCAUGAAAUCGAACGAACAAUACAAAUCAAUUUGUUAGGUGUCAUUUACAGCACUUUUGCGGCUUUGCGUCUAAUGGACAAAUCGAAAGGUGGGAAUGGCGGUCUAAUUGUAAACAUUUCCUCCGUCGUCAGUUUGGAUGCUUAUGGUGCAUAUGCUGUGUAUACCGCUUCUAAAUAUGGUGUUAAUGGAUUCACACGAGCACUUUCGGAUCCAUAUUAUUAUAGCCAAACAAAAGUCGGUUUCAUCACGAUCUGCCCGAGCACAACGGAGACACAAAUGGUUUCAUCGUUACGUAUGGAUGCAUUGACCACAUUCGAUCGUAUGCCACCACUGCCCAAGACGUUGUGCAACAAUCAAAGCCCGGAAAAUUGUGCCUAUAAUUUAGUAACAGCCAUUAAGACUGCCAAAAACGGUUCAGUGUGGAUUUUAAGUGCCGGAAUUCUAAGGGAAUAUCACUAUCCCGAUAUCUAAAUGGAAAAGAAAAGUUUUGAAAGCAAAACAGCCAUUGAAAGGGAACCAUAACA